ACCUCCCGCCGGCCAGCCGAGAGCGGCGCAAUGCCUCCUUCCCAGCUGCAUCCUCCCCACCUCCACUUCCACAAACUGAAGCGGCGCCACCACCCCGCCGCCAUGGCCAAGAAGGGCCUGGUCGCCAUCCUCUACAAGCUCCGCGACGUGCACCGGCCCCCGUCGUCGCCGGUCUCUGCUGCCUCGCCGUUGCCGCCGACCCCGUCAGCGCACUACGCCCAGCGCUGCUACCCGCCUCCGCCGUCCGCGUGGCCGUGGCCGUCGUGCCGGCACCCGCGCACCAGCUCGUUCCGCGGGCCCAAGGACGACGACGCCGCCGUGUUCCGGACCGCCAACAUCGUCUACGACACGGCCUCGGAGCAGUUCCUCCGGCGCUCUUCCAUAGAUGAGGCGGCGUGCAUCGACCGGAGCCCCCUGGCGUUGCCCCCCGGGGAGGCCGCUCCGGAGCCGGAGCAGGUGGAAGAGGAGGAGAAGGAGAUGCAGCUGCGCGAGAGAGCCGUCGUGCGCGGCAUGCGGUCGGAGCGACUGUUCUUCGAUCCGGCCGGCGCAGAGUUCUUGCCCAAGCAGCAGGAGGCGGCGCCGGCGAGAGGCGAGAACGAGGCGGCCGCGGUGUUGUGCGGGGAACAAUCGACCGCCGCGGCGCCCGACAAGAACGAGUCAGCGGCGGCGGAGGCGCAGGCCGCCGCGGUGAAGGGCGGCGCCGUGGUGGUGACGGUGGAAUCGAAGGACCCGUACGGCGACUUCCGGGCGUCGAUGGCGGAGAUGGUGGCGGCACACGGGCUGCGGGAUUGGGAAGCCCUGGAGGAGCUCCUGGCGUGGUACCUCAAGCUGAACGCCAAGGGCGUCCACGCCGCCAUCGUCGGCGCAUUCAUCGAUCUUCUCGUGAGCAUGCAGCCGCAGGCGUUGCCGAGCCCGCCGUCGCUGCCGUCGCCGUCGCCCUCUUCGUCGUGCAUCACGUUCGAGGAGUACUCGUCGGCGACCUUUGACGAGGAAGAAGGCAAGAGCUGAGCUGCUGGGCUGAGGCCGAGGGAGGAGUUCGUUGUUUUUUCCCCCCAGUAUUUUUCUUGUCUCGUUCAGAGAUGGCAGUUCUUUUUGUGAAUUAUUGUGUGCCUGUGGCGGAAUGGAAGGUGAGGCCUGCAUGUAGGCAUGGAUGUACAGUUUCUAAAACUAGUUGAUGCUGACCAUCAGAGUAGAUUAAUGCCUAGACAACUACCAAUUGACAGUAUUUUAGAUUGCAUA